CGGACAGCAGGCCGGACUUGAAUUGCCUGCAGCCCCGCAGGAUAGCCAAGCUGUAUCAGUCCAGAGGUCUAUCUGGUCCAGCAUCCUGUUUCCGACAGCAGCCAGCCAGAUGCCUUUGGAAACGUGACUCUGCAACAGCCGGCACUCUGUUGUCCAUUGUCCUCUCCCCGCCAACCAGCAUCUGGCCAUCAGCGACAGAACGCCUCUGGGCCCAUUCAGCUCUCAAACCCACUCAGUACCACAUCUAGCCGAGAGACUUUGGGGGAAAUGUUAGGAUCUUUGAUCCUGUCUAGCAGGAGCCGCUCGAUCCAAUUUCUUGCUUGCAAUCUUUCCCUUUGGGAAAGGGACUCCUGGAGGCUCCGGAAUGCUUUCUGCGUCCGCAAAGGCCCGCAUUGCCGCAGAACGAUUUGUUACGGGCCGGUGGCCCCAGUCUUCACCAGAGCCCUGGCCUUUGGGAGAAAAGUAGCCAUCGUUGACCAGAACGGAGAGCACACCUACCAGGACCUGUACGCUCAAAGCCUCCACUUGUCUCGGAAGCUCUGCCAGACGCUGGGGUGCUCCAGUGGAGACCUGAACGGGGAGCGGAUUUCGUUUCUGUGUCCCAACAAUGCUUCCUAUGUAACUGCCCAGUGGGCCACAUGGAUGAGUGGGGGCAUAGCCGUCCCUCUCUAUGGCAAGCAUCCCGCUUUGGAGCUGGAAUAUUUCAUCAAGGACUCCCAGAGCGCUCUCGUGGUUGUAGAGGAGGGAUACCUGGGGAAGAUCACACCCAGUGCAGAGAGGCUUGGAGUGCCUGUGCUGCCCCUGCGCCUGUCUGGGAAGUCUUCACCGGUUGAGGAAUCCCUUUUGGAGGCUGGAUGUCCCAUAUCCGAGUGGAAAGACAGGGGAGCGAUGAUCAUUUACACGAGCGGCACCACUGGGAGACCCAAAGGAGUCCUCAGCACCCACCAGAGUGUCCAGGCCGUGAUAACUGGGCUGGUUGAUAAAUGGCAGUGGACGAAGGACGACGUUAUUCUCCAUGUGCUGCCCCUGCACCACGUCCAUGGAGUGGUCAACAAGCUGCUGUGCCCACUCUGGGUGGGGGCCACCUGCAUCAUGCUCCCCGAGUUCAAGGCGCAGACGGUUUGGGAGCGGUUCUUGGGCUCCCAAGUUCCCAGGGUCAACAUCUUUAUGGCAGUGCCAACCAUUUACGCUAAGCUGACCGAGCAUUAUGACAAACACUUCUCCCAGCCUCAUGUCCAGGAUUUUGUUCGUGCCGUCUGCCGGGAUAAUAUUCGAUUGAUGGUUUCAGGGUCUGCGGCCCUUCCGGUGCCUGUCCUGGAGAGGUGGAAGAGCAUCACGGGGCACACACUGUUGGAGAGAUACGGGAUGACCGAGGUCGGGAUGGCACUUUCCAACCCGCUGCAUGGAGCCCGCAUCCCGGGAUCGGUAGGAACUCCACUGCCAGGAGUGAAGGUUCGUAUUGCCACGGAGAGCUCACAGCGGGAUGGCUCCACCCACACAGUCCAUGCUGAAGGUGACGAGCAUGGCACCAAGGUGACCCCGGGUUUGGACGGCAAAGAAGGGGAGCUCUUUGUGAAGGGGCCUACGGUGUUUCAGGAAUAUUGGAAUAGACCGAAGGAGACCCAAGACGCCUUUACUCCAGAUGGCUGGUUUAAAACAGGUGACACAGCAGUGUAUAAGGAGGGCGUCUACUGGAUCAGAGGCCGGACCUCCGUUGACAUCAUCAAAAGUGGCGGCUACAAAAUCAGUGCCCUUGAAGUCGAGCGUCACCUACUGGCCCACCCCAGCAUUUCUGAUGUGGCUGUGAUUGGAGCCCCAGACAUGACGUGGGGGCAAAGAAUCAGUGCCGUGGUGAAGCUCCAGGAGGGGGAGACAUUGUCUCUUAAGGAACUGAAGGAGUGGGCAAGGGAGUCCAUGGCACCCUACACCAUCCCCGCUGAACUGCUCCUGGUGGAGGAGAUCCCGCGCAACCAGAUGGGCAAAGUAGACAAGAAGCAGCUUCUCAAGCAGUUCUACUCCUAGCAGUGGCGGCACCCAACGGGAGUCAGGCAGCACGGCGAGGCUUCCCAGAAGCAGCCUGUAGAGGCGUGGUGGGGAGACGUGCCAAGGGGCUUUGCACAUGCACAGCUGGAUGCCCUCUGCAGAGCCCAACUGCACGUCACUGCGGUGGCACGUCCGAGGCUCAUCGGUUGCGAGGUCAGGUGCUGGCUGGGACUGGCCUUUCGAGCUCUACAUCAAAUAAACUCUGGUUUUC